AAACUUUGCCUUCAAUCACACACACCAAUCACCGCCAUUACACACACAAUUUCCCCGCCCAACACAUUACUCCUUGUAAUACUAAAUUCCAUUCACUUCUUUGACAUCCCUUUUCAUUAUCAUGUACACGGUUUCGAUUCUUGAGUUCUGAUUUUUCCUGUUUUUUGCUGAAAUUCGAUUCAUAAAUGGCGGAAACUAUCGAUUCUUAGUUUUGCUGCUAUAUUCCCGAUUUUUGAAGAAAGCUUUGAAUUCUUUUAUAUUGGGAUCGGGGAGGAAUUAAAAAAGCUUCUGUAAGUUCCUAUCACCUUCAUUGAUCUCAGAGGAAGCAAGUUUGGCCUGUUUUUCUAUGAGCCUCCUUGUUCUAGCCUUAGACCAAAAUGGAGCAAUUUCGGCAGAUAGGGGAGGCUUUAGGAAGUUUGAAGGCAUUAAUGGUUUUUCGUGACAACAUCCAAAUUAACCAGAGGCAAUGCAUUUUGUUACUAGAUAUUUUUUAUUCUGCAUACAAAUCGAUAGCAGAUGAAAUGAAAGAUAACCUGAAAUUCGAAGAGAGGAACUUGAAAUGGAAAGUUCUUGAAAUGCCAUUGAGAGAGCUCCACAGGAUUUUCAAAGAAGGGGAAGCCUACAUCAAGGAAAGCUUGGAAUCUAAAGACUGGUGGGUUAAAGCCAUAACUCUCUAUCAGAAUACUGACUGCGUUGAGUUGCAUAUCAGUAACUUGCUUUCCUGCAUUCCGGUUGUCAUUGAAGCAAUCGAAUCUGCAGCCGAAGUGUCCGGUUGGGAACAAGAUGAAAUGCAAAAGAAAAAACGGGUAUACUCCAAUAAGUACCAUAAAGAAUGGAUUGAUCCUGAACUUUUCCAAUGGAAAUUUGCAAAGCAGUAUCUUAUUACUCAAGAUUUUUGCAAUAGGAUCGACAAUGUCUGGAAAGAAGAUAGAUGGAUCCUUAAAAACAAAAUCCAGGAAAAGGAAAACUCAAGGUUGAGAAAGCAGGAGAGAAAACUUGCUGAUUUGCUUUUGAGAAACUUAGAUAGUUCAAAAUCUUUAAAAGAUAAGCUUUUACCGAGUUCAAUUCUAUUGGGGUGGAAGGACUAUCAGGUUAGACGGCGGCUCGGUAAUGGGAGUCAAUACAAGGAGGUUUACUGGUUAGGUGAAAGCUUUAUUCUGAAACACAUAAUUGGAGAUGUAGAAGCAGUAGCUUCUGAUAUUUCUUCAUUAUUAUCUCUUUCCCACCCAAACAUACUGCAUUUCCUUUGUGGAUUCACUGAUGAAGAAAAGAAGGAAUGCCUUUUGCUCAUGGAACUAGCACAUAAAAGCCUCUGCGACUGCAUAAAAGAAACUUGCGGCCCAAGAAAGCGAACGUCGUUUUGUCUUCCGGUCACUGUUGAUCUAAUGCUUCAGAUUGCAAGGGGAAUGGAAUAUCUACACUCAAAUAAAAUCUACCAUGGUGACUUAAAUCCUUCCAGCAUUUAUGUUAAGCUGAGAGGAACAUCUUCGGAAGGGUACAUGCAGGCGAAAGUUUCGGGAUUUGGCUUGUCUUCAAUACCUCAGAGGGGAGCAGCGAACCAGAAUGAAACACAGUCAUUCAUUUGGCAUGCACCAGAGGUUCUAGAGGAGCAAGAACGGCCAGGAAGUAAAGUGAAAUUAAAGUUCACUGGAAAAGCAGAUGUGUAUAGCUUUGGAAUGAUUUGCUUUCAGCUUCUAACUGGAAAAGUCCCAUUCGAAGAUGGCCAUCUUCAAGGGGACAAAAUGAGCCGAAACAUAAGAGCAGGGGAGAGGCCAUUGUUUCCUUUCAAGCCACCAAAAUCUAUAACAAGCUUGAUCAAGAGAUGUUGGCAUGCGGAUCCGGAUCUAAGGCCUAACUUCCUAUCCAUCUGCAGAAUUCUUCGGUAUAUAAAACGGUCACUUCUAAUGAACCCUGAUUAUAACAGUCAGUCGGAGUUACCGGAGCCGCUUGUGGAUUACUGUGACAUUGAUAUGAGGCUUCAACGGAUAUUCCCCACAUGGGAAACUCCCAAUCCAUUAUCCACAUCACAAAUCCCUUUUCAGAUGUUUGUUUAUAGAGUAUUGGAAAAGGACAAAACAGGAGUUCCUCUCAAAGACACUUCGGAAUCGGGAAGCGACAGAAAUUCGGCUAGUGGCGAUGAAAAUGUCACUACUGAUGAGCUAUACACAUCAGCAACUGACAGGUCCAUGCCUUCACCUGAACCACUGCCUAGGAUAAAUACUACAAUGAAAAAAUCUGCAGAUAUUAGAACAAAACAUCCAGUGACACCUAAAGCAAGAUCAACAAGACCUCCAAUGAAUCAGCGUGUCCGCAGUUUCAGAAUGAGUUCAGAAAGCCAGCUGCUCCUAGUGAGCCCCAGACUACGGAGAUCAUCAUCCGGCCAUGUCUCAGACUCUGAGCUCUCCUAGCCUUUCUCAACAUGUUGAUUGCUUAGACACAGAAACCAUGUUUGAUCUAGUUUGCGGUGAUGAAAUGCUUUGCCAGAUCAAUAAUUACAGGAAAAAAAAAAAAAGGGGUUCAACUGAAGAUGAAACAGAGUGGAAAAGAUAGUAUUCAAACAGACAAUCCUCGGAACAAGUGCUCAGAGCUCAUCGAGUUUUCAAAGUUUUAAGGGCGGGAACAUGUCAGCUUAAACUGGCAGCACCUUAAAUCUGUAAAUUUGGUAAUUGUACUGAACAAUCAUAAUCUUUGAUUUAUGAAAGACAGAGACAUUUUUUGCUACAA